AUGAUUAGGAUAAAAAAUAUCAAUAUUUUUCAACAAUGCAGUUUAUUAAAAAAAAAUCAAUUAUAUAAAUUAAGUAAGAGAUUUGGUGGAACAUUUCAUCACAAUAUAAAAGAAAAUGAAAAAAUUCCACCAGCAUCUGAAAACCCUAGUUAUAAAAACUUGUUUGAUCAUGCAGAAGAUAUAAAGUUAUGGGAAAUAGAAGAAAAAGCAAAUAUUAGUCAUAAAAAGGUUGAAGAUUUAUCAGAGUUAGUUGAGCCGUCUAAUCAUCCACAUCAAUAUGAAGGUUUUUUUGUAAGAACGAGAUAUGCACAUUAUAAUCAAACGGCAGAACCAUUAUUCCCAAGAAAACCUGAUUUAGAAAAAGGUGAAUUAGCUAGUGGUGCCAAUGUGACAAGAACAGAUGUAUGGCAUAACCCGAAUGAACCAGCAGUAGUUUCAGUGGGAAAAUUUGAACCAAGUAAUUUUAGACCUGCAGGUUAUGCAGAAAAUGCACCAAAUCCUGAUAGUAUCAAUUCAGAAUAUCAUCCUGAUUUCAGAGAAUAUAGAUUAAGAAAAGGACAUGCAGAUAGAAGAACAUUUAUGUAUUUUAUUAGUGCAUCCUACUUUUUUAUUAUGUCUUCAAUUAUGAGAUCAACUAUAUGUAAAGUGGUACAUUUUUGGUGGAUUUCAAGAGAUUUAGUUGCAGCUGGUACAACAGAAGUAGAUAUUAAAUCAGUUAGCCCAGGUCAACAAGUCAUUAUUAAAUGGAGAGGAAAACCAGUUUUUGUAAAACACAGAACACCAGAUGAAAUUGAAAGAGCAAAAGAAGAAGAUAAAUUAGUUGAAACAAUGAAAGAUCCUCAAUUAGAUUCAGACAGAACAAUUAAACCUGAAUGGUUAAUAAAUAUAGGAGUAUGCACACAUUUAGGAUGCAUACCCGUAGAAGGAGGAAACUUCAAUGGAUAUUUUUGUCCAUGUCAUGGAUCUCAUUAUGACAAUUCAGGAAGAAUUCGCCAAGGGCCUGCUCCAUCUAAUUUAGAAAUACCUCCAUAUGAAUUUAUUGAUGAAAAUACUAUAAAAAUUGGAUAA